CUGGUAGUAUAAAAAGCCCAAACGGGCCUUUUAAGUUUCGCUCGUCACAUACAAUACAAGGAAGUAAACCCUAAUGUUGAAAGGUAUCGGUGAAAUUGAAUAAACAGAAAAGACGUGCAAUUUAUUUGAUGAUUGUGAAAGAGAUGGCGGCAGCUGCGGCGGCAGAAGCAGAGAUUUUGUGUCAACAAAGCGUUUCUGUUCAAUACCUCUGUGUAGACCCCGAUUUGGUUAAUAAUAAGCCUCAGAUCUUUCGAGCUGCUGAGUCGGUUUCCAUUGGAAUUACUCGUUCCGCUGUGAGCUGCUCGACUAGUGUUCAAAGUACGGCAGUUGAUUCUGCUAAUAGCAGCAGUUUUGUCCCGAUAAUUCGUUCAGGUAGCCACACAGAUAUUGGACCUCGUAGAUCUAAUGAAGAUGAGCACAUCAGAGUUGAUGAUCUAUCUGCUCAUCUGGGCUCUCUAUACAAUUGGCCACUGCCAGGAGCCUUUUAUGCCGUUUUCGAUGGUCAUGGGGGAUCUGACGCCUCAGCUUAUAUUAAGAAUAAUGCCAUGAGACUUUUCUUUGAAGAUGCUGAUUUGCCACAAACGUCUACUGUUAAUCAAGCCUUCUUGGAGGAAUUGGUGAAUUCACAUCGUAGAGCAUUUUUGCUUGCUGAUCAAGCAUUGGCUGAUGAAUGUAGUGUUGAUGCCUACUGUGGAACGACAGCAAUAACUGUACUGGUUUUGGGGAGACAUGUGCUUGUUGCAAAUGCUGGUGACUGUCGUGCUGUCCUUUGUAGGAAAGGGGUUGCAGUUCAGAUGUCUGAAGAUCACAGACCUACUUGUCUGCUGGAACGACAAAGAGUUGAGGGUUUGGGUGGUAUGAUUGAAUAUGGCUACCUAAAUGGUGAUCUUGCAGUUACUCGAGCCCUUGGAGACUGGUAUAUGAAACUCCCAUUUGGAUCAGUUUCUCCUCUUACUGCUGAACCUGAGGUGCAGCAAACUUUGUUGACUGAGGAGGAUGAGUUCAUGAUCAUUGGUUGUGAUGGCAUCUGGGAUGUGAUGUCAAACCAAGAAGCCGUUAACAUUGUUAGCCGUGAGCUUAGGCUGCACAAUGACCCACAUCAAUCUGCCAGUGAGCUCGUGAAUCAAGCUUUAUGUAGGGAUAAUAACGACAAUCUCACUGCUAUUGUUGUAUGCUUUACAACUCCUGAUUGUCGAGAUUCAGUUUCAUCCCAGAGGCCACGAUUUAGAUGUUGCAGCCUGUCUGAAGAGGCAAGGAGGAAGCUACGGAGCUUGUUGGAAAGCAAUUGAGUGUAAACUAGUAUUUUCUGGCAAUCAUAGUAAUUCUUGAUUAAAAUGUGUAAAUAGUUGAUUCAUAUUUUGUCUUGCGGGAACGAUUAGUUCAUCUGUUUGAGGUUGCUUCAGAAAGUGAGAAAAGCAGCUAGCAGUUUUGUAGGGCUAGACGGAGGGACAUUGUCCCGGCUCAGGUGGUGUGUGUCAACUGAACUUAUUUGUUUCAAUGAAAGAGUAAAGAUUGAAUUAUC